AUGAGGAAAGCUGGAGCAAAAGAGGGAUCAAUUGGAUCCAAGGGUGUGGUUGAUAUGAAUAGUUCACCUGUUUCCACAGCAAUAGCAGGAAGACCAUCAAAUUUGAUGAUCAAAUUUUGCGCUUGCACUGGAAGGCUAUCAUCUUCAUCGCCUCAUAAUCUUGAGAAUACAGAUAUUUCAAUGACCUGCAAAGGCUGUACUGGUGAAUCAACAGCAGACAGAGGUGGGCCAUCGUGUAGUGGCAAGCUUAAGAAUAUGGGCUUGGAGCUCCCAAGGCCUUUAGAUCUUGAGGUUAGAUGGAAGACUGGAAACAGAAGGCAAAGAGCCACCAGGAGAGCACGGACCUCCUUUGGCGAAGAAACAAGCAGGGAUGGAAUUGGAUCUUUCUAUUUAUUUGGCUGUGCUACAAAUCAAGAGAUGUCACAAGAUGCUGCAGUCUCUGAAUCUGAGAAGCUUGGAGUAUCCAUUCUCGGUAGACGCUUUAGUGAUCCCAUGGAAAAUGUUCCUAUAAAAAAGAGGAGAUUUCAUAUGGAUUGUUCUCCAUCACCUCCACCAACUCCAUUGCUAGUGGAUCCAUAUGAGAAGAUACUGGGAAGCUCUUCUAAAGCUGUCAGAUCAUAUGAGAAGCAUUGCAAGCUUAAGAUGCAAGGAAUUGAAUAUAAGGAGGAAAACAAAGGCUGUUUUGGUGCCGAUGAUUUUUCUGGUAUUGAUAUACUAGCUUCUGCUGCUUGUGAGAGUGAGAUGGGUGGUGAAUUAUUAAAUGGGGAAUGCUCAAAGUUAGCUCACCCUCCAGAAGAAAGGAAGCUGGAAAAUACUACUGGUAGCAGCAAAUUGAGUCUAUUACAUAACAUGGAGGAUAAGUUAAAUAUUCCUGGUACUUCACAUUGCAUAUAUGAUAGGCCUCUCGGGUCUUCUAAUUCUGCUCCAGAUAUGAAGUCCUUAUUUGUUGCCACACCAACUAUCUCAGAAAAUUUUGUUGAAUCGGCAUAUGCUCCCAAGGUUAAUUGUUCAUCCUAUUCUGCACUGAACAGUGCAAACAAAACAGAACUUGUUUCUGAUGCUAAGUCUUCAAGUUUUGCAAUUGCAAACAGCUCAGACAAUCCAGAAAAAACUAUAGGAUGCUCACAGGAUACAGUUGUGCAAACCAACCAUGCCAAUGCGACUCGCGAUUCUAGGCUGCACUGGGAUCUUAAUGUUGCCAUGGAGGCAUGGGACACUGAUUGUGGUGAUGUUGAUGAUCCUUUAGUUUCUACUGUAAUUGAUCAUGAUGAUGCUAGAAAUGAUAUGAACAAACCAGGGACACCUCAUCAUUUUGAGUCAAGAGAUGGUAGUGUAGCUGAUCACUCUAUUAACACAAUUCAUAUGGCUGAUGCACUGAAACAUGUGUCUGCUAAUACAAAGGAUACAUGCGAUUGUCCUGCUGCCGGUUCGUCUCACCCUUCACAAAACUUGCAGCUAUUGGAAUCUGGAUCUGUAGGGAACGAUGCCCUUGCAGAAACAAUGGAUUUGCCUGACCAGCAGAAUAGUAGGUUUGCUUCCGUUAUGGAUUCAGACAUUACAUCUGAUCCAGAACCAGCUAUUAUCAUGGAGCAUUUUGCUUCAGCUGCAAAUGUAGAGAAAAUCGAUGGUUCACAUCCCCAACCUGUUCAUUCUGAAGGUUUGUCUAAUAUGUCUUCUAUCAAUGUCCAUGUUGGAAGUAAUUCACUCCAAACAAGUGAAUUGGGCACCACAUUAAAGCCUUUGGCUAGCAGAUUAGUUUCUAAGGAUAGCACAAACCUUCCAACAACCGUUAUGGAUUCACACAUUAGAUCUGAUCCAGAGCCAGCUCUUAUCAUGGAGCAUUUUGCUUCAGCUGCGAAUGUGGAGAAAAUCGAUGGUUCAUAUCCCCAACCUGUUCAUUCUGAAGGUCUGUCUGAUAUGUCUUCUAUGAAUGUCCACGUUGGAAGUAAUUCACUCCAAACAAGUGAAUUGGGCACCACAGUAAAGCCUUUGUCUAGCAGAUUAGUUUCUGAGGAAAGCACAAACCUUUCAACAGUAGGCACUUUCCAUAAAAAGGUUACUGACUUUCGCUGGAGUGAUAAUAAGCUUGAAGAAGCUUCUGAACAAAGCAUAUCUGAAUCUAAGAACCAGGAGCUUUUGGAUGUUGAUUCAGGAACUAGUAAGAAGGGUGAACAUGAAACUGAUAUAUUUUAUGCCAACAAAAGAGCCAAAGAUGCAGAAGAUCUCAUUCAUCCAGAGGACAAUCAUGGAUCUUCUGAUUGUGAUAUGGCUCAUGCACAUGAAGAAGAUGGUGCUGUUGCAAUGAUUAAUUCAAAAGAUUCUUUAAUUACUUGUGCCAACAGUAGCACUUUAGAGACAUAUUGCAUUUCAGAUGCGGCUCUUCGGGUUCCUGGCCCCAGUUCAGAAUGCCACAAACCGGAAUUUAUUACUGAUGCGGGCAGCACUGUGGAUUCAAAAGCUGCAGCACACAGCUACCAGAAUGGUUGCAAAAAUGAGCUUGGGAAGGUCGUAUCAAAUGUUUGUUUAGAUCAAUGCUAUGAAACUGACACAUCACAUAUUAGCAAAAAUCUAGCUGGGGUUGAAAAAGUUGAUGUUGAGGAGGAUGAUUCUCAAUAUGAGGAUGGGGAACUUAGAGAAUCUGGUGAUUGUUAUUGGGUGGGUGAUGGAUAUGAAGAAGUUAAACUUGCCAAUUGGCAUUAUCAGGUAUCAGAUUACAAGAAUGAAGAAGCCACUCCUGGCCUCGCACCUCUCCAUGCUGAUUCUAUUGCAAAGAAUGUGGUUAUUCCUGUUGCUAAUUACAAUGGAACACAAUCUAGAAAGGAAGACGUUGCUGUUUCACCUGUCUCAUCUAAGCGUUCAUGGUUAACAAACUGCUUAGAUGGUGGACCUAUUGCUGAUGGAAAGGCUCAAAGUAUUCAUUCGAGAGGUGAUACUAAGAUGUAUGGGUCAAACACAGUCCGUGUAUCAGUUAGAUCUGCUACAACAGUCAGCCAGUCUGAAAGGUGCAAUGAUGCCUUAAGUGAUGAUAUGUUAAAUAUCAGAAUGAAGAACACAGGUUGGGAUAUGAAGCCUGAAGAUCAAAAGCACUCUCAACAUGAUGCAAGGGACGUGACUGAUUCGUCUAACCGGUGUGUUUUGAGCUCAGAUGCAGCUAGAGAUGAUGAGUCACUGCGAAAAAAGGGACUAUCGAAUAGAGAUCUUCAACGAGUGGAGCGGCAAAAAUCAUUUGACAGACCCCAGAGGAAUGAACUGAGCAGAUCUGACGAUGGUUAUGGCUCAGGCUCAAAAUCUGAAAGGACAAUGGACUCUCAUAGAUCGCAUGGCAUGUAUGGCGCAUUGCGGCAUGUUCAGACAAGCGGCCGGGGGGAGUGGGUGGAAAAUUCCAAACAUCCUCGUUCUACUCGGCGCAAAUCACCUGAAUAUUAUAAUUAUGGCCCAUCAGGUCCAAGGAAUGCUGCAGAAGCUGCUGUCUCAAAGAUGGAAAGCAGUGGCUUUGUUGUUGCACGUGAUGGCACUCUAGUAAGAGCUGUUGAUGCUGCAAAUGCUGGUCAGAUGCCCAGAAGGAUGAGAAAUACUUUAAGUAGCUCAGGCCACCUGAUUUCUGGACGGGGUUCCCCAAUUGACAGGGAUGGAGCUUGCGGGAUGUCCAGAGGUCCCGUGCAUGCUAGGGAAGCAUCUCCAGAGCGCCACUUUGGUGCAAAUAGUAACCGGUCCAGUCGAUAUGGUCCUGAGACGGAGAAAGAUCAUACUACUGAUGGAAAUUUGAGUUCUGUCCGUUGCUCACUGUCCAGUAGACAACGAGGCACCCCAACGUCUAGAGCAUCACUUAACCUUUCCCGUGCUCACAGCAGAUCUCCUUCUGGGUCCAGGUCUCGAUCCCCACAUGAUUGGGCACCUAGGAACAGAAGCAAGAUCCUGGCAAAUGGAGGUUCAACUUUACGGAGGCAUAGUAGAUCUCCACCUAAUCACAUGGCUAAAGGUAGAAUUGUUAGAAUGGCUUCACCUCAGAGACAACCUGGAUAUGAUGAUCGAGCUAUGCGUUACAGUCCAUUAUCAAGAAACAACACUUACUCCCAGCAUGAUUCAACAUGGGUUGAUGGAAGGAAUGGUUCAGCAGUAGAUAUUUCUGAUGAUCAUAAUAAAAUAUAUUCAAGGAGAAGCCCACCUCUGAGAAUUGCCUCACGGAAUGUCAGAUUUGAUGCAAUGGACUCCCAAGGACGACCAAGGUCUGGAGAAUUCUACCGUCCGACACAAGGAAGACUUCUUUAUGGUUAUGAUAGGGAAAACAAGCAUGACAGAAAUGGUGAAGAUGAAAGGGAAUACACUGAUAGAUAUGCGAAUCAUUCUGUCAAGCCAUAUGACCGGAGUGGUGCUGUAAAGCAAUUCAGAAAUAAUACUGGAGAUAAAUUUCGGACUCGUAUUUCUGCUCCCAGAUCGCCAGAACUCCAAAGGAGGUGGCCUGUGACCAUGUUAAACUCUGCUCAAAGUUUGGACCAGCUGAGAAAGGUUGUCUUAGUGCUUUUGACCUUUUGUACAUCAAAUAGGAUACCAAGCCUAGUUAUUUCUGCAGGUGUUGGGAACAAGCAGACACUGGCUCACAACAAUCUGUGGGACACCUCCCGCGGCUCUAUUGCAGAAGCUUGGAAUAAAGCUUGCACAUGCCAUCUUGAAGCAGGCCAGGAUGAGAAUCUCCUGAACUUGUUGCAAGCAUUUGCUCCUCUCAAGCCUAUUCCGGAAAAUGCCGGAGGUGUGACUGUGAUGCGGCUCCUGGACCAUCCAGACGGUUUCAUGGUGGCUAGUUGUCACUGA